AUGUCCGGAAGUGUGGUAAGCGAGUCUGCUAUGGUUGAAGCAGUUAACGAGCAGCGUGAAGAGUCUGCUCCAGUGGUUGAGCAAACUGAACAAAGCGAGCAAAGUCAGCAAAGUGAGUCAGUUGAAGCAAAUGAGGCCGAAUCUGAAGCUGAAGUGAAGCCUAAGUUAGUACUAGCUCCAUUGCCUAAGAAGUCGCCAUGGGAGGAAACUGGUUCUGCUGAAAUCAAGCCUUUGGAUUUGUCAAAAGUUGUUGCUGCUAAGAAUAAGAAGGCUACGAGUAUGGGCAAGUCACGUAGCAAAGGUACCCCAUCUUUGACCGGUAAGGAGAAGUGGAUUCCAUUGGAUGUGGAUAUUGUUGUGAAGGACAAGAUCCCCGAUGUGAACGCUAACGGUAAUGGAAAUGUUAACGGUGCCAGCAAUGGUAAGGGCAAGAAAUUGAAGAAUAAGGCUAAGAAGGACAAGCCAAAGAACGCCAAAAAGGGCAAGGGUAAGGAAUCCGGAAAGGCAAAGUCUAGUGAUGCUGAAGGAGAGAAGAAGAGCGCCAAGAAGUCGGAACGUCCGUCGAGCAAAAAUGCAGUUACAGACACCAGAGAAACAUCUGCCCCAGCGGAAAAGACAAAGGAAAAUGAAAAGGAUGCCGACGAAAAUGAAAGCAAAAAUGUAGAUAGUACUACUGAAGCUGAUGCUUCUUCUGAUGCCAAUCCAGAAGGUGCGGAAAAGGCCAAGAACGGUGCUAGUGCGAAGAAGGGCGACAGACCACAUCGUCGUUUCACCGCCAACUCGAAACCUUUCUUCCCAAGAAACCAAAACUAUCACAACCAUCACAACCAUCACAACCAUCACCACAGCCAUCCCCAUCAGCAUAUGAAUCACACUAACAACCACAAUCACCACCACGGAGCUAAAAGUCAUCGUGCUCGUCAAUAUGUCCCGGUAAUGUACCAACAGCAAAACUAUACCCCAUCUUAUGUCUUGGUUAAUGAGUUGGUUCGCCAGAUCCAAUACUACUUCAGCAUAGAGAACUUGAGCAAGGACAACUUCUUAAAGUCCCAAAUGAAUGCUCAAGGCUACGUCCCAUUGGCUUUGAUCUCGAGAUUCCAUCGUAUGCUAAACCUCUCUUACGGUGAUGUUGGCUUAAUUCUAGCCGCAUUGAGAGAGUUGAAAAACUCUACUGAGUCCAACGUCAACAUUGCUAAAUUGACUUCGCCAUUCGAAGAUGUUCAAGGAAACCCAUUAUUCCAAUAUGCAUUAAGUUCAAAAGUCUGGACUAUCGAUUCUGAAUCCCUGCAGAAUGCGAAAUCUUAUGAAACAGUUGAAUUGGUGGGUGAUGAACUAGAAUUGUUCAAAAUUGAACCUAUCAACCCAAUAAUAGAUUCUCCAAAACAACAAGAACAACAAGAACAACAAGAACAACAAGAACAACAAGAACAACAAGAACAACCAAUUGCACAAGAUGCUCAAGAAACUACUCAAGAUUAA